AUCAUAAAUUAAAACCUGGUAAACUUAGGAAUAGCAACUAACAUUUGCAUUGUUUUUCAACUAAAAUCAGUUUUUUUUUGUAGACCAGUGUCAUCACAGUGCCGUACACAGAAAAAACAGAAAAAUUACUAUAACCUCUGAGCUUUCGCUUUGGCUGUACUACCUCCAGGAACAGCUGGUCAGCACACCUGAAGCAAGGGGCAGGAGUGUUGGGUUACAUCAACUUAGAGUGGCAGACCAGCUCCCUCACAUGAACAUAAGAAUGACCAGGCCAAAAGAGAUUGGCACUUGCCCCAUUUGGAGCAGAUCACUGAGGAUCGUAUUCACGCAGCGGCCUGUUUCCCGUUUCCGCAGAGACCUACCUAAAGGAAUAUUCCCAGUGGGUCUACCCCGAGACAGGGUCGCGGAAAAUGAAGCAGAAUGCAGUCACCGCGUAAGAUCCUUCUUGGCGUACAUGAUUGACGUGUGGCGUUGUGAAAAUGUGUGCGAUUGGCGGUUCUUAGACAACAUGCCUCAUCUCAACCGAUUCCAGAAGUUGCUUGAGGCCAAGGGCUCGAAGAUCACUACUAUCAUGAAGUUCUUGAUGCAGUUACAGCAAUUCAUCAAAUACCUUGCCAAGCAUAGGCCUUUGUUCAUGAGGUUGAAGAACGACAGAAUCGUCUUUAUUCAAGACAAUGUCAAGAACAUGCUGCAUGAGAUCAGCCAGCUGGCGGUCAAAGACAAAGCAAACGUCAAAAUGGAAAAGAUGGCUCGGAGGGUCAUGCCGAAGGACCUCCGCGCCUGCCUGAAAUUGGCAGCUCGGAAGAUUCCGGAGCUCCUCGGUAAGACUCUGGGCGGAGGCCCUCGUACUCUGUGA